CAUCACCUGUGCCCAUGUCGGCCGUGCCAACAGAAGAUAUCCGCUUCUCUACCUGUCUGCCCCAUUCCCCACCGAAUGCAGACUCUCUCUCUCUCUCUCUGCCACACACACAUAUAGGUAUUGAGCUCAUACAGUCAUCAAUAUCAUUCAAACAUCAAACAGGAGUAUAUAAAAUGUAGGUAGCGAUUGGCUCGAGCCGCCCCUGCCUGCCCGUCUCUGCUAUCUAACCCCUUUUGAGCUCAUAUGAGUACUGGACACGUAUGGGCGUGCCCGACCUCACCGGUAUGGUCAGCCAUGCAGCCGCCCCUUCUUGGGCUCGACACCAUGGCUGAUCGCAGAGGCAGACGGCACUCCCCCAUGACGGUCUUCCGGUAGCGGUUAUCGACUGACGCUACCUGCAGGGCAACCUCACUGAGAGGCCAACGCACAGGGCAAUGAAAGAAUGAAUGGAUGGAUGGUGUGUGGUUGUAGCGCAUCUUCGUGUGUGUGAGUGUGGGUGGAUGGAUGGAUGAAUGGAUGGAUGACUCACGCAAUGCACUGACCUAUCGAGCGUCAUGACGAAUGGAUAAGGCGGCUCGCAGGUGAAGGUCUCGUAGAUAUCGCCGCUCUUGUCCUGCAGCGGACAGACAGACAGACAGACAGACAAUUAGAAAGACAGAACUGGAUGGGUGCCUUCCCUUCCUCCCUCCAUCCCUCCCUCCCUCCCUCCCUCCCUCCCCCACCCACCUCUUCCAGAGAGUUCGCCCGGCGAAUGAAGCAGUACUCGCCCUGCAGCAGCGUUCCUACGAAGUUGAGGCGCAUGGCAUAUCUCUCUCCGCGAUGUUUGUCAGGCCCUGAUGCGAUGCGCACAUAGACAUACACACCAUCAUAAAGGACAUCGCUGUCUGUGGAUUGAGUGCUGCUGAUCGGUCAUUGGCUUACUUCUGCUAACGUUGAGUUUGCGGGCGAAUUUGUAGACGUUGACGACGGGCACGCCGAGCGGCAAGACGAAGUCGGUCAGAGGCGCCGACAGCUCUCCUGUAAACACACAUGCCAUACACACACAUACUCACAUGUGGCCGACAUGGGCGCCUUGGAUGGUGCGGCCAAUGGUGGUGGCCGCCGUGGUGGUGGGAGGGCAGCCAUGGGGUCGGUGCUGCCGCUGUCGUCCUGGAGGACGGGGCGUAGGUGGGCCGGCAUCAUGCAUGAAGGCGGUGAGAGUGGGGGGGUGGCUUGGCAGUUGCUGCUGCUGCUGGUGCGGGAAGGGGGAGACACGUCGGGGAUGGCCGCCAGGAGGUCGCCGAGGUCGCGCUGCACCUGCACCCACACAUUCACAUACCAGGCACGCAAUGAAUGAGGAAGGAAUUAACACACUUCACUCUCUACUCUCUCUCUGUCUGUCUGUUUCCGGGUAUGCGUACCAUGCGCCGCACGACGAGGGGGUGCCCCCCAUUGUUGGCCUCCCCAACGACGUCCAU